UCCCACUCAGAUAUGGCUACAAGCAACUUUCACUUUGCAUCAUGUGACACGAAACGGACCUCCAGACAACAUAGAGUAUCCGAUGUGAGCAGCUCAUCAUCAGCCAAGGUGGAUCUCAGGAGUGGCCUUCAAGAAUGUGCUGUGGCCUUGAACUUAUUUCUCAGUAACAAGUUUACAGAUGCCUUAGAAUUGCUUCGUCCAUGGGCCAAGGAGAGUAUGUACCAUGCCUUGGGCUACAGUACCAUUGUGGUAUUGCAGGCUGUUAUGACCUUUGAGCAACAGGACAUCCAGAACGGCAUUUCUGCCAUGAAGGACGCUUUGCAAACCUGCCAAAAAUACAGGAAAAAAUGCACAGUUGUAGAGUCUUUCUCAAGUCUUCUUUCCCGAGGAUCACUGGAGCAGUUGAGUGAAGAGGAAAUGCAUGCCGAAAUCUGUUAUGCCGAGUGUCUCCUACAGAAAGCAGCACUCACCUUUGUACAGGAUGAAAAUAUGAUCAACUUCAUCAAAGGUGGACUCAAAAUUAGAACAAGUUACCAAAUAUAUAAAGAAUGUCUUUCUAUCCUACAAGUAAUUCAGAAGAACAAACAUGAGCAGGAAUUCUUCUAUGAGUUUGAAGGAGGUGUCAAGCUUGGAACAGGGGCCUUUAAUUUGAUGCUGUCCCUUUUGCCAGCAAGGAUUAUCAGAUUACUAGAAUUUAUUGGAUUUUCUGGAAACAGGGAGUUGGGCCUCUUGCAGUUACGGGAAGGUGCAUCAGGAAGAAGCAUGAGGUCUCCACUCUGCUGCCUCACCAUCCUAGCCUUCCAUACGUACAUCUCCUUGAUACUCGGCACAGGAGAAGUAAACGUGGUAGAAGCUGAGAGUCUCCUUGCCCCCUUCCUCCAGAAGUUUCCAGAUGGUUCACUCGUGUUGUUCUAUCAUGCCCGAAUCGAGCUGCUGAAAGGGAAUAUUGAAGAGGCACAAGAGAUAUUUCGAAAAUGCAUUUCAGUUCAAGAAGAAUGGAAACAGUUUCACCAUCUCUGUUACUGGGAGCUAAUGUGGACUUCUAUAUUCCAACAAAACUGGAUGCAGGCAUAUCAGUAUGUGGACCUACUUUGUAAAGAGAGCAAAUGGUCCAAGGCAACAUAUGUGUUCUUGAAAGCCGCCAUCUUGAGUAUGCUUCCAGAGGAGGAUGUUGCAGCAACUAAUGAAAACGUGGUGACUUUAUUCAGACAGGUAGAUGGCCUGAAGCAGAGAAUCGCUGGCAAAUCUCUCCCUACUGAGAAGUUUGCUGUGAGGAAGGCUCGGCGUUACUCCCCCUCCUUGCCUGCCCCUGUGAAGCUCAUCUUGCCAGCCCUGGAAAUGAUGUACGUCUGGAAUGGUUUUCCAAUAGUGAGCAAAAGAAAAGACCUGUCUGAAAAUCUCUUGGUGACUGUUGAAAAGGUCGAGGCAGCUUUACAAAAUGAAAGCUAUAAUGACUACUCUGUGGACGAUGAGUGCUUAGUGAAGUUACUUAAGGGAUGCUGCCUGAAGAACUUACAGCGGCCUUUGCAGGCUGAACUGUGUUUCAAUCAUGUUGUGGAAAGUGAAAAGUUACUGAAAUAUGACCACUACCUAGUGCCAUUCACUCUGUUUGAGUUGGCAUUUUUGUAUAAAAGCCAAGGGGAAAUUGACAAGGCCAUAAAAGUCCUAGAAACUGCAAGAAACAACUACAAAGAUUACUCCUUGGAGUCCAGACUACACUUCAGAAUCCAGGCAGCUCUUCACCUCUGGAAAAAAACACCCUCAGUUUGAUGAGAACGUGAAGGAUGGAAUUUCUCCUGAUUAGCCUUGGCACCUGCUAUAAUAGACCUUCAAUUAAAGUGGAAAAGUGAUCUUCUGAAUAAGAGACAGAAGACCAGUUUGUCAAUGUUUUCUAUCACAUGAGUGGUUUACUGCUGGUUUACCUAAUACCCCUACCCCAUGGAAUGACAUUCAGUACUAUCUAGAAAAUUCUUAUGCUUUGCUUCUCUAAAAAGAAUUUCAUAUUAGAUUUUCAUUAGGGUGAGAAGUCUUUUAAAAGACUCCCAGGUACAAUAAAUAGAUUAUUUAUUUUUUAAUGUGGAAAUUAAUAUUAUUUAAGUAACAAGUCACUUUACAAGUUGAGCCAUUUUUAGAUUAGUUGGUCAGUUAAAAUUCAGAGAUAUUUUGUUGUCUAGUAUUUAAAUCUGAGGGAAAAUAAAUAUUACAUUAAAAAUAAUGAGCUUCUGAAGAUUCUGAAAAAGACAGGUAGAGGGCAGGAGCUGGAUUAGGAUAGUGGACUUAAUAGGUUGAAGGAACUGUAUCUAUAAUAGAUGAAAUUCCAAGUUACUGGAUUUUUACUCCUCA